AUGCCUCCCAAAGGAUCGCGCGUCGUGCAUCACGACAACGACUCGAGAUCCGACGGCUCGAGUUCAAAGACCAACCACACUGCCGCGAAGAAUAAGCGCCCGAACGGCACGAGCAACCUACGUGAUGCAAAGAGCGUGAACGACGCGACCGGGACACAGAGUGCCUCGUCUAGUAACGGAUUCACAUGGGCACAAGAAGACCUGUCUCUGCUACAGCAAUACCGCGCCGCACAUCGCAUGGAAACACCUUCGGCAUUCAACUCGAUACGCAACCAGUUCCUGCUCAGCAACCCGGGCAUUGGCAGACAGUCGCCGACCAUGGCACGGCGCAAAGCAAAGAGGAAGGUGCCCAAAGAACAACUCGCCUUGGCUGUGAGGAAAAACUUCAACGAUGCGGCUGUCAAUGAGAUUGACGUUAUGGUCGAUCUGCUGUACAAAGUCCGCAAUCAGGACAAGGCGUUCCGACUUCGAUCGGCACCCAACAAAAGUAACAAGUGA